AUGUCGGAGACUACAGAGACCGUCACAGACAAGGGGGGUGCCUUCCCAGCCGGAAAAGUCGGGCCUUUCCCGAGAACUGCCGGGACGGCGGAAGGGAAGCCAAAGAGGAAGCAGGCCUCCCACCAGUUCACCUACCGCCGCGUGGCCCUCAAGCCGCUGCCGGAUGCUCCUGCACCGCACGCGGCCGCCGAGAGCAACCUCCAGCAGGCGGAGAUCAAGCCCGAGACGAGCGGCCAGCGCCUGGGGGAGCGCGCCAUCGGCCGCAAGCCCGACCGGCCCCCGUGGGGCCAGCUCCUCCUGCUGCUUCACCUCCUCAAGCAGCCCUACAGCUUCUACAGGCCCAGCUUCCUGUGGGAGGGGCUGGUGAGGGUCCAGAGGCACAUGCAUAGAGGCCAGAGUGGAGGCCGUGGGGCUGGGGGACGGAGGGGCGGGCAGUUGUGGCUGAAGGGCACAGUGUCUGCACAAGGCCACGGCGGGAAGAUGACAGGUGCCCUGGGGCCCCUCCUGGGCUGUUGUCUGCUGCUGGCCUCCACCUGUGGCCCGGUGCUGGGCCGUGUGCCCCAUGACCAGCAGGCCCAGCAGGAACACGAGGCAACUCUGGGAGAUGCCAAGGUGGAGGGGACCGAGGAGCCACUGUCACCGCAGGACCACGAUGGGAGGGCUGAAGAACACGACAAGUACAGCCCCCACCAAGGCGAGGAGCCGCCGGCUUCCAGAUGCUUCCGCUGCUGUGAUCCUGCGCCUCCUUUGUAUCGGCCAAUCCCAGUGCCCCAGAUCAACAUCACGAUCCUCAAAGGUGAAAAGGGCGAUCGAGGGGAUCGAGGCCUUCAGGGGAAAUUUGGCAAGACGGGCUCGGCGGGCGCCCGUGGCCACAUGGGCCCCAAGGGGCAGAAAGGCUCCAUGGGGGCCCCCGGGGACCGCUGCAAGAACCACUACGCGGCCUUCUCGGUGGGCCGGAAGAAGCCGCUGCAUAGCAACGAGUACUACCAGACGGUGGUCUUCGACACGGAGUUCGUGAACCUCUACGGCCACUUCAACAUGUUCACCGGCAGGUUCUACUGCUACGUCCCGGGCAUCUACUUCUUCAGCCUGAACGUGCACACCUGGAACCAGAAGGAGACCUACCUGCACGUCAUGCGCAACAGGGAGGAGGUGGUGAUCCUGUACGCGCAGGUGAGCGACCGCAGCAUCAUGCAGACCCAGAGCCUGAUGCUGGAACUGCGCGAGCAGGACGAGGUGUGGGUGCGCCUCUUCAAGGGGGAGCGGGAGAACGCCAUCUUCAGCGACGAGUUCGACACCUACAUCACCUUCAGCGGCUACCUGGUCAAGCACGCCGCCGAGCCCUAG